AUGUCUGACGCUAUCAUCUCUUAUGCUGCCUUCAUCUUAGCUGAUGCUGGUUUGGAAAUCUCUGCUGACAACUUACAAGCUUUAACCAAGGCUGCUGGUGCCAAUGUUGACAACGUCUGGGCUGAUGUCUACGCUAAGGCUUUAGAAGGUAAGGACUUAAAGGAAAUCUUAUCUGGUUUCCACAAUGCUGGUCCAACUAUCGGUGCUGCUUCCGCUGGUGCUGCUACUGGUGCUGCUGCUGAAGCUGCUGCCGAAGAAGCUGCCGCUGAAGAAGAAGCUGAAGAAUCUGAUGAAGAUAUGGGUUUCGGUUUAUUUGACUAA